GCUACCUCGAGCACGACGUUGGCCGUAGCUCAGUCUGCAGCAGUUUACUUGUGCCUGCGUGUUGCCAGAACUGAGCCUGCGAACGUACGGGGUCCUAAUAAACCCUGGUAAAAAAAAUAUACUGUUUAACAUCGCAUGUCAGUAAGCCUUGCGGAAUUUUGCCCUACCGUGUCGAUCGUAGGAUUGCUCAGUUGCUGGCCUAAAACGUGAAGCUUAGUUGAAGUGUUAAUGGUUGGUGUUUGUCUUCUGUCCUUCUCUCUUUUUGUUCUCUUUGUCUAUUUCAUUAUAGCGAACCAGGCUUUCUGGUAAGAAAAACAGUAGCAAAUUGGCGUGCGCCCCCCAUGUCGACUUGUACUAUCGGACGUGCGCAAAAACGAUGCCCUAUUACCAAUUGAACAAUAGCCGGAACCCAUUGUGGACCUUUACUAACCGCAGAGUGUCGGCCAUGCCCCUGUCGUUCACCCCAGUAACUAGCCGGGAUCUGUAGGCACACGUUGGAACUCUGGCGCAUCUGGGUUAGCCUUUCCUGAUAGCAACACCGAUGAAAAAAAGGAGCAGAAAACGAAUACCGUCGUCAUACGAGUGCUUCAGUGUAUCUCUUUGUGUGUGUGUCUACGCUCCGUCAGCUGGUCCCUGGUGUGUUACUGUCUGUGGGUCUCUGUACAUAUAGACGUCUGGCUUCUAAACGAGUGUCUCGGCCGCCUACACGCCAAGGAACUUAUGUGAAUCGCGGUGCGAGUUUCAUGUCAACGCAUAAUCGCAUUCUACUGGAUGCUACCGGCGUCGCGAGUAAUUAUCACAGGGCAUGCCGGUGUCUUAGUGGGAGGCAAUUGGGAUUCAUUGUGUGAUAUCGCUGGGUCGUUACCGUGCGUGAUAAUAAGCAACUCCAUCGACGGAAAGGAGCGGUCCUCUACUGUAAACUAUGAGGAUCAAUCGAUCGACUGUUUCCGAAAGCUGUGGUACUAGCGACUGGCAAAUGACCAUUAUUGCAUGCUGCGAUCUGCGGCUACUGCUGCUGCCGUCGCUGUUGCUGCAGAUUGACAUGGUGGCCGCGCACCUGUACAUUCAAGAUUGGCUGGCUAAGGAAUAAUUUUCUUUCCGUAGUUUUUGCUGAUGCAAAUCUUUCUCAUCGGAUUUUUUUGCCUUCGUCGUUCCAACGUCCAAGAGGCGUUCGUGCUGCCACGUUAGGUCGAGUGAUGAUAGUGCCUGCCAUUUCUUCUAUCAUAACCAGGCUUAUUGCUACUGCUAGUGCGGGUGUAAGCAAGUAAAUAGGUGCGCACCGCUGUGCGGUCCACGCCGGGUGAUGAUAUGCCGUCGCUGACAACGACGGUGGAAGAGGCUCUAUCAGUAUAUCUUGUGAUUUUUCUAUUUCAUCGAGUGCAUGAAUCGUCUCAGUGAUUCGUCUCUAGUUCGUUUAGCAGGUGAUGCGGUCCUCGUUUGUAGUGAUGUGGUCUGAGUGGGCCGAGGCGGACGCACCAAACGAGGUGCUGCCAGUAGUAGCUGGUAUUACUCCGGUAAACUUGGCCCCGGUAUCGAAAAUCUUCACUUCACUUGUGACAGCAACGGCAGCGCCGGUGAGAGCUACAGCAUCAAGAAAACUAGUCUUCGUCGUGUUGAGAGUCCGCGUGAUUUGCCUUCUGCCGCUGCAGCUGCUAGAAGAAGAUCUAAGCAUAGACGCGUUAGAAAGUCGAAGCCUAUCGAGUCGAUGACGGCCGUGGGCGAAUCUGCUGCUGUAAAAGCUGCCGGUUCAGGUAACAUUCCCAGCCGCUCCGACACGGCAACGACCGCUGUUGCACUUGGGUCUGGUAACUCCACCGUGGUUGGUGUUGUUUCUACUGACGCUGCUCGUCCAAUACUCGCGGCCGCUUCCAUUACUGCAAAUACAACUACAACUAAUAACACUAUCGACGGAGUACCGAGUUGUGUGGUCUCGACUAGGAUUACCGUUUAUAGAAACGACUCUGUGCAUCUUCCCACCUCUUCGACUAUUCACCACGUUGGCGGCGGAUGCUGCGGCUUGAUGCAGUGUGGCGUCGUGCACAAAGGCUCAGCGUGUGCCAUGGCCGACGCAGGGCCAGGGGGGUCGGGAGGUCGUGUAGUAGCAGUUGGAGCACCUGGCGUCGGAGGCGCCGACCUUGAAAAAUCGCUGCAGAGGAUGCUCGACCCUGCCGCACUGCUCGAGGACGAUGCCUGCCUGGAACGUCUCGUACAUACAUUCGUUGCUCAAGAUAAGAUCUUGCGAGGAGACGAUAAGAAGCGAGUACCUCUGGGCUGUCCGACCAACAGGCCAUUAUCAGGAGCUCACGUAAGUGGGUCCGGUAUUCCUCCAACCAGUUCUGAUGGACCACCCACAGGCGUGGCCAGCAAUGCGCAGCCACUCAUCAAAACCGGCUCCGAUCAGAAGAAGGUUUACCAAUUGCGGGCACCCAAACAGAUCAAUCUGCAUUUUCAGUCAAGCUGUGGGCAGAGUUCGUAUGUACCUCCCCCCCGUAAACCGUUGGCGAUACUUGCGAUGGCGCAGGCUGCCGCACAGGAAGGCCCUGCCCAUCCGGCUAGGGUCAGCGUUAAGGACAGAAAGCACAUCUUCGAACAGAAAUGCAGAGAGGUGGAAGAAAGCCAUCAACGCAAGAAAGAAGGUACGCUGCGGGAACAGCGUCGUUCGAAGGAGAUGCUCAAAGGUUCUGUCGCUGACAGAAUUUUACUGUUUGAGAAGAUGCCGGAACAACUUGAGGAAGCUCGAUCGCAGAAGUCACCUCCCAAGGAAAUAUUGGUGCCGCAAGACGCAUCUCAUGUAUCACCACCUGUCCCUGGAAGAGAUCAUUGUGAGACUCUUCGUCGGGCAAUCCAGUCGAAAUGUAUAACACGGCAAAUUCCGGUCUUCUAUCACCCCGAAGGUAAACCUUGUGACCCACGGGAGAUUGAUCUUCAGAUGAAGAAAAUCGUGCAAGCGUACCAGCUUGUUGGCGAUGCCUAUUGUACAGUGGCCAAAUUUUCAGUUGUUGUCAAAGCGUGCGAUCUUCCGUUUUACUGGAAGACGGCAUUAUUUAUUGCAGCUGGUGGCACCAUUACUGAUCGGGGCCUUCAUCAACAAACCUUCCUCAAUUAUUGGAAAUCGAUAAUGUUGAACGGGCGUGAUGAAGUAUCGUGGUUCAUCAAGAUUCUUUCUAACGGUCAACGUAACUACCUGAUGCCGGAUGAUUUCAAGCCAAUUGUAUUAGACGUAAUCGCAAACCAUCCUGGACUGCACUUCCUGCGCGAGGCUCCCGAAUUCCACUCCAGAUACGUGACAACUGUGAUAGCUCGAAUUUACUACGACAUCAAUGCCACGUGGUCAAGUAAACUAUACGCAGACGAAGUUCGUCGUAGCAAUUUGAUGCAGACUAUACGCCUGCUGGAGUUAGAAGACGAUAUAAACAAGAUAACGGACUACUUCUCGUACGAGCACUUUUAUGUGAUUUAUUGUAAAUUCUGGGAAUUGGAUGAUGAUCAUGAUCUGUGGAUAGAUAAGAACGACAUGGCCAAACACAACAAUGCGGCUUUAUCGACGCGAAUCAUAGAACGGAUAUUUACGUCCGGCGUGGUAAUAUUCAACCCAGAGGCAAGGGGUCGGAUGUCAUAUGAAGAUUUCGUCUACUUCCUUCUUGCUGAAGAGAAUAAAAAGCAUCCAAGAGCCGUUGAGUACUGGUUCAGAUGCAUGGACUUGGACGGCGAUGGACGCCUAUCGCUGUAUGAGCUUGAAUUCUUCUAUCAAGAACAAACCCAACGAAUGGAGUGUCUUGGCCUCCAGGCAAUGCCUUUUGAGGAUGCACUUUGCCAAAUGGUUGAUAUGAUUAAACCCUCGCAGGAUAACUUCCUCACUUUAGGAGACCUAAAACGAUCGCAAGCGGUCGGUGUCUUUUUCGAUACGUUCUUUAAUCUCGAGAAAUACCUAGAACAUGAACAAACCGAUCCAUUUAGCUCAGGACCGAUGGAUGGCAAAGCCGCCUGGAACCAAUAUGCAAAGGAGCAGUAUGAAAUGCUCAUCGCAGCUGAAGAGUGAUUGGAUCUUCGCCGCGACCGAGUGGCGGUGGCUAUGGCGUGUCGACGAUGAUGACGGCGACAACGACUACUUCAAACCGAGGCUACAGCUGCACCGAAGACUAAGUGAGGCUCAAGAGAAUAAACAGUACUAUUGGCAACAGCCGGAUCGACGAUAACAAUAUCAACAACAGCGACGGCAUGAAACACACGGGAUGGCAAGUGUUGCACAUGGAUGGAAAAGAGGAAGGCAAAUCAGCGUCUAAACUAACUGAAGCGUCUUGGUGCGCGAACGCUAUGGCUGGCGGUAGUUGCGCAGGGGUAAAGUCACAAUAAAGAAGUGAAUCUUUCCAGCUCUCUCGUUAACGCUUUGAGAGAAUCUCAUUUCUUGCCAAGGAUUGAAAGAUUCACGCUUUCGUUCGCGGUAGAGGGAUAAAGACGGUGUCAAGGGGGCGCGGGUGCAGGCCACGUAACUCCUCCACCGCCGACGAGAUCUUUGUAUCUCUUCGUAAAAUGCCCCGCGCGCUUCACUUAGUCUCACUCUACUGCUUUGUCAGCGAUAGCGCGCUUUCUACGUAUUCUGCUAAGCGUCAAUCAAUAAGGCUACUACAACAGCAGCAAAAAGUACAACGUGGCCGGCCUAGGAGACCUCUUCAGACCUUUGGGAUAUCGGCGUAUGUUGUGUACCUUCUAUUUUUGAGAACAGAGUCGUAGUCGCAAUAGUUGCUGUUAUUGUUGUUGUGUAAAAAGAGGAUGAUAAGGCAGGCGGGAGAGGCAAGAUACGCCAAAGAAAUGAGGAAAGCACCAAGCACGUAACUCCUGUGGCACUUCCAGCGAUUCUAACGGGUUCUGAGGUUUGGACCGAAUGCCAUUUCCGCAAUUUCACUUUCAAGUGAUGCGAUAAGGCGGAAACUUCGGUGCAGGCAGGCAGGUUGUUCUAUUGUCGAACUGGCACUUUUCGCAAGCACGCCUUGAGACUGAUGGCGUCUUCACUCGCGGCAGCAGGAGAAGCCUAAGCUUCGUUUGCGUUGGCUGAAUUACCCAGUACUGAUGCUACCGCCGCCAAUUUGGCUCGAGCGCCUCGUUCCUUCACUAGGUAGUCGAAAGAGGGCGACCCAAAAGCUCACUGGACACAAUUUAAUGCGGGAAUACGGUCCUGGGCCGGUAAGUUACGGACGUCAGCCGCUCUAUGUCUAUCAUCAAUAACAACGGCAAUGGAAGCUAAAAACGACGGCGACUAAGACAAACGCUUACAGACGCUCAAACACAGGAUCUAGUGGUUAGUGCCACGCGCAGCUUUACAUAGAUUUUUAUAGCUUUUAGAAAGUUGCAAGACCUCGUUGCACCGAAUACACCGCGGUAAUAAUGAUCGGGGUCGAUGCUUUACACGAAUUACUGUUAAUUGUGGCACCUCCAUACGUAUUGUUUGUCGAUAGUGUCGAGCAGCGCUCUGACCUCACGCGCGAGCAUCAGCCGAAUUUCCAAAUUGCAGCGAUUUGUUUACGAUCGGUUACCGAUGUUCGAAAAGAGAUCUAUUUAUGCUUAGACCUGGCAACUCCAUUACGACUCGGAUUUUGGCUGGGUGGCCGGGGAGGGAUAUUGGGUAAAAAUGAAGGAAACGGAUAUGCUAGUUCAUAUGGCAUCAGGCAAAAGGUGACAAUCUUCUGCGUUGCUCUAUUGUGUUGCUUUCUUUGUAUUUUGAGACUCGAAUAGCUCCUUUUACGGAGCAGGAAUGAUCUUCUUUCGUCUCAGAGUGCUAGCCGUAGUAAUAAUGGUACUAAUUGUAAUUAUGUAUUUGCUUCCGACACUUAAGACCCAUCUUCUAUCCAGCAGCUUUUUUCAGCGCUAAUAAGCUGGCAUCAGUUGUUGGUGGAACUGCUCGUCUGCACGUUUUUCUUUUCAUAUUUUUAGCCCCCUCAUAGUUCGCCCCCACGAGCCACCUUGCGGGGGUAUCUUUUGCCAGUUUUAUACUUGUGUAAUAUCGUUCAUAUAAUGAUUGCCUAUAUACAUUAUAGCAUAGCAGAUGCUUGUUAUUUAGAACAGCUAGUUACUUUCGUAUGGGAAGAAAAGCACGAUCUGCAGUUUAAGUAUUUACAGAAGAAUGUAGAUUUAUUUCAUUCGUUGUGACUACGGCACGACGCCGAAGAAAGCCUGCAUCGUGGCCGGCCGUUUUAAACCUCCUUCUUUUGAAUUUCCUAUGAAAUUUGUUUAAGGCACAUUUACAGGAUUUGUUCACAUGACAAAUAUAUAGUAAAAUAUGUGUAGCAGAAUGAAUAGUAUGCAUGACCUUGUUAUUUUCGAAAAAGCUUAAAAACUAACCUAUUUAUUCGGAGUUGUCUCAGAUCCGUGCUAAUAUCCUGAGUGGCGAGCAUGAUGCGGCAUAGUGUGACUGAAUUCGUGCUGGGGCGUCAUUUUUGCACCACAGUCUGAUUGGCCUCAGGUUCCUUACCUGCUUGUCAUUGUUUACCGUACAACGCUACUCAAUGUAGCAUUCAAUGUAAAGCAAAGUAAAGAAUUAAAUAUUUUUUAGAUUUACGUCCGGUACGAACGGCUGGCUUCCAAAGCUAAACGAAGGUUGUACUCACCUGACUUCGAACCAAAAUUACCGCACGUGCCCUUACUACACGUACCUGAGUUUAGUAGAUCAGCACAUUACCGCUGUACCGCCACAAGGAGAACACAUUGUAAAUAGAGUAUACAUACAGGUGCUAUACAGAGCACGCGUAUUCAUUAGCGAUAGACAGGCCGUAAUGUGGAUACGUCUUAAAACGGAAAAAAAAACAAUAUUUACUGUGCAUGUACUCAAUGACAACUUAUCACUAAGCCAAAAAUGACGUAUGUUCGAAUUGUUCGAUAUACGGCAUCAGCUUGAAUGCGAUGUUGUCCCUGCUAAGCAAUCUCCUUCAGCUAAUCACAAGUCCUUGCCAGGACAAGCAAUGGUAUUUGUUGAAGAGAACGAUUCAAGCAUGGCGAGUAUCUCAGUUAAUGCAGGAACAAUAAUAAUGAUAAUAAUUCUUCUAAAAAUAACGAGGCCUGAUCGUCAUCGUAAUUACUCAACCAACGAGGCAAAAAAUCAAUGAUGGAUCCUCGCUUAAACCAAUGGCCUCAGAUAGACCUACAUGAUAGAUGUGUAUUAUCGGAUCAUUGUUAAUACCGCGAUUUAUUAUAAGCGUUAUAAAUAGUAGACAAUACUAUAUUUAUUGGCAAUUAAGUAGUAAGCUAUGAAAGCGGCCCUAGUGCUUGAGGCGUACUAACAGGAUUGUUCCGUAAUGCCCGCCCAUACCCAACGAUACAGAUAUAGAGGGGGGAAGGUAUAAUUAUGUUAAAAAUGAUUUUUUCUUCAUCCAUAUUGUGUAUUAUGUUGGAACAGUAUCAUCGUCAUAUAUUACUAAUAUGUUGAAUACUAUUCACGAAGUUAUUUUAUAUAUUUCACUAUCGUAUAAUUAGUAGAGGUAAAGCCAACAUAACAAAAUACAACUACAAACAAUUAGAGUCGGUCUGAUCUCUGUAGCGUACUUCUGUCACAGCUGGACAGGUCAUUCGGAUUUAUUCAAGUUCGUAUGAGAAAUUUCGUUUGCACAGACGCUAUAGAAGCUUACGGCUGGUACAAAUGUAAGAUAUCGCUCAGACAUGUAGGUAUUAGUAAAUUAUUGGUUUUGAUGAUAAAAAAAUAGAAACUACGCUAUACUAUAGCAUAAUUCACUGUUCUGCAUUAUUUUAACAUGAGCUUACAUUUUCUAAACUCACACAGCGUGUACUGAAAAUACGGCCACAAGAUCGGAUAUAAGAGACCGGAAUAUGGCAGAUGCUUAGAAGCGAUAGAUUUUCGAUGAAUUUUCAUAUUGAAGUACUGAAAACGAUAAAUAAAAUCCAAAGACCGCCAGUUUUUACCACUUCUUUCAGGUCGUGAAAAGAUCAUAUAAAAAUACGCAAUUAUUGAUUCAUUACGGCACGCACGUAGCUCUAGUCAUAUCAUACGUACACUGAGCGGCAACUAACUGGUAUAUAUUUUUUUUACGAGAUAUCAAAUAAAAACAAAAACAGUAAUUAGGUAUAAAUCGGAAA